AUGGGUACAUGUUAUAGCAAACGAUCUGCCUGUUAUGAUUUAACACGAAUCCAUCACACGGCCACACCAAUCAUAUGUGAAUUGAAACCACCCGAAACGCCACCGGCCACACUGCGUCGUUUUAGUAGUUUACGACAUAGUGUGAAAAGCUUUUCCGCAGCAGCUUAUCAACGACGAAGCCUCCGAACGAAACCACUGGAAAUUAUCAAACAAAGUCCAAAGAAUAGACAGUGGUGUAUUAUUAAAUACAACGAAACAAAGGAGGCUCUUGUUUGA